AUGGUACAAAGUGACAGUCGGCGUUGCUGUUGCUUGCACACUGUUCCAUCUUUCUUGAUUGCGCAGAUCAACCUCUGUACACCUGUUCGAAAACAAUGGGAUUUGAGCAUUACGCACGGCUCCUGUCUCAAGGGCGUGCCCAUGUACACCACUAUGGCCUCGAUAACCAUCGUCUUUGAUGUUGUCGUCAUGAUGCUCCCGUUCCCGACUCUGCUGAAGCUACAAAUGCCGAACCGCAAGAAAGUCGUCCUCCUCGGUCUUUUCGCCAUGGGAAUCUUUAUCUCCAUCAUCCAGAUCGUCCGCAUUCAGACCAUAAAAUCCCUCUCCAACCUUCUCGACUCAGCCGGUCUCAUCAAAUGGUCAAUGGUCGAGAACAAUCUCGGAAUAAUAGUCGCCUGCGUCCCGACCCUCGCCCCUCUUGUGCGCUACUUCAGCGAGCAGUCCCGCGUCGGGAGUCGCAGCCGCAGCAAGUCGCAGAACAAUUCCGGUUACGCGCUGCAGUCGACCUACCGCAAGAACCUUUCCAGAAGAAGCGGAUUGCAACCUUUGGGUAGUGGGGUUGAUGAGCAGAUUGGUGAUAGUGCAGAGGACAUUUUGGCCAAGGAGGAUGGAAUCAUGCGCAAGACGGAAAUUGUGAUUAGUUCAGCUCAGGGACCGUUGGAUAGGGGAGAGCUCACUCCGAGACACUAUCAUGGGCGGUAG